UGUUUUUAUAAUUUACAAGCUUCGUUUUAUGAAUUUUAAAUAACGUUUUAGUAUAUAAGGCUGGUACAUAGUUUGGAAGCUCUUUUUAUCCAGAUUCAGAUUUGUACGCGAAUUACUUGGUGGCAUGUCAGAAUCUUCUACAGUAGUAGAUCUUAAAAAUAGCCGAAAUAAAAUCAAGAAAGUUCGCAGGGAUUGAUAUAUAGGUUUAUAAAUUUUCAACUAAUAUCCAGCAAAAUGAAUAUACGUUGCGCCAAGCCUGAAGAUUUAAUGAACAUGCAACAUUGCAAUUUGUUAUGCCUACCUGAAAAUUACCAAAUGAAAUAUUAUUUUUUCCAUGGAUUAUCUUGGCCACAGCUGAGUUAUGUAGCAGAAGAUGGCAAAGGAAAAAUUGUGGGAUACGUUUUGGCUAAAAUGGAAGAGGAAGGAGAAGAGAAACAUGGACACAUUACUUCAUUAGCUGUUAAAAGAUCUCAUCGUAGAUUAGGUCUUGCCCAAAAACUCAUGAAUCAAGCAUCAAUGGCUAUGGUAGAAUGUUUUCAGGCAAAUUAUGUAUCACUCCAUGUCAGAAAAAGCAAUAGAGCUGCUUUAAAUUUAUAUACAAAUGCGCUACAGUUUGAAGUAGUUGAGAUUGAACCUAAGUACUAUGCCGAUGGAGAAGAUGCAUAUUCUAUGAAAAGGAAUUUAUCACAUUUUCAAGAUAUUUUAUCUGCGGAUUUACCUGGUAUUGAUGCAAUAGCAGAUGAUGAAUCAAAACUGCCUAAUAUUCCUGCAAAAAAGCCUUCAACAGAUAAUAAAGACUGUAAUGCAGACAAUGCACUUGAAAAAUUAACCCAAUUUGUAGAGACAAAGCUUAGUGUCAAGGACAAAGAUACUGAGAAAUGAAACAUGUAAUAUGUAAAUAAAACAUUAAUGAUUCAUAAUGAGUUUUUCCAC